CGGAACAAGUGACAAUCUCUCACUUAACUAAAAUUCCUAGUGUCAAGCGCCAAAGAAAAUUCAUGUUCAUAUUCGUUUCGGGAAUCUCACGACGAGAUAAGUUUAAAUUAAACGUGCAAUUCACCUAGCAAUUAGAUGGACAUCGUCGAUGCUAGUGAACUAAUAUGCAACACUUAGGCAGAGUAUGUAGACAGCUGCGUUCAAGCAGCGUCAGCGGCCGCCGAGUCGCUCAACAACGAAUACUAAACUACACAGAUCGUCCGCCGCCUCCACCGCCCGGCUACAAAUGGCAAACAUUCGCUGGCGUCGCAGUAAUAUCCGCCGUUUGCAGCGCAAUGAUCUACAACUUCUACGGUCACACUCUGAUCCCAAAGAAAAACAACUACAAUAACAACGCAUUGCAUAUCAGCAACAAUUUUCAAGAACUACAAGAUUUCAAACUGCGCGACCGCUUUAAUUUCAUCAACAAAGUAGUUGAGAAGUGUGCACCAUCCGUGGUGUACGUAGAAAUACGCGACACGCGUAAAAUCGACAAGGAGACCGACAGUCAAUUAAUUGUCUCAAACGGAUCAGGGUUUAUCGUGUCUGACGACGGCUGGAUAUUGACUAACGCACAUGUUGUGAUUAACAAGCCCAGCGCUGUGGUGCAGGUGAAAAUGCAAGACGGAAAGACCUACACAGCGACCGUGGAGAACGCCGAUAUGAAUAUAGAUCUGGCGUUGAUUAAGAUUAAUCCGGAAGGGAAGCUACCCGCACUACCGCUUGCGAAAUCAGGCGAUGUCAGCGUUGGUGAAUGGGUGGUUGCAUUGGGAAGCCCGCUGUCUUUGAGUCAUUCAGCGACAGCUGGUGUGGUUAGCUGCGUGAAUCGCAAUGCGAACGAAUUGGGUUUACGGAAUUAUCAGAUGCGUUACAUUCAGACGGACGCGCCAAUCACGUUCGGAAAUUCGGGCGGACCUCUUGUCAACUUGGACGGCGAAGUUAUCGGCAUUAAUAAUCUUCGGAUUACUGCUGGUAUAUCGUUUGCUAUACCAGUUGAAUUUGUAUCGAAAUUCCUCGAUAGAAUUCAUUACAUCAAUGAAAAUAAAGUUCUGCCGGUGCAUACAGUUAAUAAUUUAGGAAUAACAACAAUUACGAUGAAUCAUGAAAUAGUUGAUGAUGUUGCAACAAAGUUUCAAUUGCUUUCCGGUGAUAUUAAGCAAGGAGUUUUGAUUUGGAAGGUUAUGCGAUCAAGUCAAGGAGAAAAGAUAGGAUUUUUGGUAGGUGAUGUAGUUACUCACGUAAAUGACGAACAAGUCAACUCCACGGUUGAUUUAUACGAUAAGUUGCUACCCGGGAAGAAAAACGUUCUGAAAGUUUUACGAAAUGGCAAAACCAUUACGCUGGCCGUGGACUCCUAGUUUUCUUUCAUCAUAGAUGAUUACAACAACAAAAGAAAACCGAAAUAAAAUCAAAUUGAAUGUGUGGUUGCGAAUUCAGAUAAUUGCAAUUAAAAUGUUUGUGUUUAAUGUGA